AUGAAGCUUAUAACAGUUGGAACCAAGACCUACAUUCCCGACUUGAAUGCAGAACCUUGUUUUGAUUCGGAAGGAGAAGAGAAGGAAGAAACUGAAGAUAAGCAUUUCGCUCAUCGGCUUUCUAAGGAGCACCAGCUCGAGAUUUUCCUCCGUGCCUCAUAUUUUGAAUACUCGAAGCUUCAGUUUUUUAACAAAAAACUUUCACAUUUGCUCGAGAGUCGUGAGAUUUUUAAGGUGAAGCAAGAACGCGGGCUUGUGCAACCAUAUGUGUUUGUGCAUUCUGGUGGUGGAUCUCACUGGACAAUGUUUGAUAAGGGAUUUUAA